UCUCCAGGCCCCAGACCAACUUCUUACAGACAACUUAAUACUGAUACUUUGAUCUCUUCUCAUAAAUCAUGAAUCAAAACAUCUAACGUGCUAACUUCUUUGGAAAGGUUCAUAUGUAAUUUCCUGGUCUGUCAUGGUCAUGUAUGCUACACAUCUGUAAAGUGCAUUUCUUUAAUAAUAGUGUUUAAUAAAAGUUGAGAUAACACCUUGAUCUAUUGAGUGCAGAAUGGAUUAAUGUUCCCAGACAGGAAAACAGCAUUUAAUUUCAUGGUAAAAAUCUCCAUCAGAGCUCUUGGGUGACUAGGUGUGUUGCCAAUGACCAGUAAAGAAAGGUUUUUAAAAUACAAAUAUAAUAUGGUAUGUCAUUGUUGCUCAGGCUCAAACAAUCUUCCUGCCUCAGCACCUGGGACCACAGGAACAUACUACUGUGUCCAUCUUAGCAGUAAUAUUUUGAAAGGAUCCUUCCUGAGCAGUGGGCCUCCCCAGAACCCAUCAGUUCCAGUUUGUGCUGCCUAUUUGCUCUUGGUGUGUUUUAGUUACUCCAUGGAUUCCUUUGGGCAACUCAAACCGGAAGAUAACCAGUCAGUAGUGAGCAGAAUGCAAAAGAAAUACUGGAAAACUAAACAGGUCUUUAUCAAAGCAACGGGAAAAAAGGAGGAUGAGCAUGUGGUGGCGUCUGAUGCAGAGCUGGAUGCUAAACUUGAGGUUUUUCACUCCAUCCAGGAGACAUGCAAUGAACUUCUGAAGAUAGUUGAGAAAUAUCAGCUAAGACUCAAUGUUAUAUCAGAGGAAGAAAAUGAACUGGGGCUCUUUUUAAAGUUUCAAGCAGAACGGGACACGACUCAGGCUGGGAAAAUGAUGGACGCUGCUGGCAAGGCACUCUGUUCUUCAGCUAAGCAAAGAUUGGCCUUGUGCACUCCUCUGUCUCGUCUUAAGCAAGAAGUAGCAACAUUCAGUCAGAGGGCCGUUUCUGACACCUUGAUGACCAUUAAUCGAAUGGAGCGGGCUCGCACAGACUAUAGAGGGGCCCUGCUGUGGAUGAAGGAUGCAUCCCAGGAGCUCGACCCAGACACCUUAAAACAAAUGGAAAAGUUUAGAAAAGUACAGAUCCAAGUGAGAAACAGCAAAGGUUCUUUUGACAAGUUAAAGAUGGAUGUCUGUCAGAAAGUGGAUUUGCUUGGAGCUAGUCGCUGCAAUAUGCUAUCUCACUCGCUCACUACCUACCAGAGAACAUUGCUUGGAUUCUGGGAAAAAACAGCUCAAAUGAUGGCCAAAAUCCAAGAGGCCUGUGCUAGUUUUCAUCCAUAUGACUUCAUAGCUCUCAAGCGUCUACAAGACAUGCCAGGCAAUCUCACUACAGACCACAAAGAAGAAGCAGCAGAAGGCAGCUGUCUUACUGCAAACCUCAAUAAGGUAGCUUUGUCAGAAGAGGAAGAGAGAUUUGAGAGAGAACCAGCUGCAAGAGCUCUGCCUAGAGACUCGCUGGAGGGAGAUGAUUUUGAGAAGGAAUUCUCAUUUCUGAACAGCCUCCUAAGCCCCACUUCUUCAAGUACUAGUGAAAUUACACAGGAAUGCCAGACGGCCUGUGGGAGCCCCAAUGCUGGUCUCACAUCCCAGGAGCCUUCAGUGGGAUCUGUGCCUCUCACCUACUCCUCCCAGUUCCUCCCUUCACAGCUCUUCGACCUUGGCCUCCAUGAGGAUGGAGCUUUCAACAACUGGGUCUCCCAAGAGGCAUCAGAACACUCAGAUACCCUGCCAGUGUCUUCACAGCAUCCAAAGAAAUUAAAAUCCCCCAGCAAUGGUAACCAAGACAUGUCAGCCUGGUUCAAUCUAUUUGCAGACUUGGAUCCGCUCUCCAACCCAGAUGCCAUUGGACACUCAGACGACGAGCUUCUCAACGCCUGACUGGGGUCACAGGUUCAGGGGUCUCAAGGCAAUGUUUGCCUUUGUGGAGGAGUCCCACUGUGACCACACACAGAAGCGUGUGUUCAGGAUAGGACAUCUGUCUGCCAGCCUCAGUCAGAGGGUCUGGCAGCCUAGCAGCCUGUGUAUUUAUUAUGCUGGGUGUGCAAGCUGUUGAUAGUAUGUGGGAAUUUUUACAAACUCCCCAGUCUGCAAUACUGAGAAACCAAACUUAACGUCUGAAUCACAGGAGAUGGCGUAUUUCUUUGGGAAGUGUUCUAGAUUUAAGUUCCUUUGUUGUAUGUGGGUAAAGAAUAGGACAUAAAGAGGCUAUAGUUUGGGGUGAGUUUGAUAAUGGCAGGUGUUUUGUUUUGGGGAAUAGCCGUAGAUUAGAAUGCUUUCUUCCUGAUUACAAUGUAGAACAGAUUAGAGAACGUGGUUUGCUUUACUGAAAUUAGAGAAACUUGUGCUUGCUUUUCUGUAAUUGGAAGCUAAAUGCAAUGGUACUUUUCAUUCACACACAAUCAUGGAGACACCUAGUUCCAUCAUUAAAUUUUCAUGGGGAAAAUAGCAGGAUGGAAAUUCCAUCUUCUAUAGAAAUGGAGGAAAGUAAGACUCGAAAGGCUAUUUCACAAAUUGCUACAGUGACAUUCCUCCUGAAAACAAGAGGGAGAGAGAGUGAUGCCUACCUGGGGCAUAGUCUUCCCGAGACCUCCAGACACUUCUAUGUGAACGAGGGAAACAGUUCAAACACCUCAUCUUUAUAUAUAUUUGUACUCUCAUUUAUUCACGUGGUUUAAGCCAGAAGGCUUUCUGACAGACAUGGACAAUUCCAUAGAAAGUAGGGCAGCCCACACUCUUCCUUUCUGUCUAAUUCCUGAGAUGGCGUCUGAAUUCUAAGCAAAAGCUGCUGGCAUAGGGUUUGGAGUAAUUUCUGGAGGGAAGGCUAUUUAUCGGCAGGUGGGUUUGCUGGUAAAAAGCAUUGCCCAUGGACAUGCCGCUCACUCAGCUUCCUGCACUUUCCUGCCUACCCUUUAGUUUGGGCGUACUUUUCCAUCAACCUCAAGGAACAUAACUUACAUUUGGGUCUGUGCUAUUUGUCUUUUCGAGGGUAUUCUUCCCUUUGAGUUUCUUCAGUUAUCUGUCUAUCUUCUUCACAGGCAUCAGAGGCAGCCUGAUAUCUGGUAGAAUAGAUACUUCAGUGAGUAGGAAAUCAAUACUCUCUCCAGGCAAAUCUUGAACCCUCAACUAUGAAAAUGAAGGGUCAAUAUUUUCCAAUUUCUCAGAUCAAAGUUACCACAAAUCGACACACAUAUAAUUAUCAUUAUCAGUUUUUGGUUAUCUUUCAAUACCAUGUAUGGUUUAUUUCCUAUAUAACCAGGAAGCCACAUUAACUGCCUUACCAAGUUUUGUUAUAACUUCAAGUCAAACAAUCCAUUUGAUAGCUUAUUAAAUGAAAGUUAUUUGUACUAUUUCUCAUGAUUAAGUAAUUUGAGGCUCAAUCAUUAAUAAUUUGGUGGUUGAAAAAGACAUUUUGUAGGGCUGGAGAGAUGGCUCAGUGGUUAAGAGCACUGACUGCUCUUCCAGAGGACCUGGGUUCAAUUCCCAGCACCCAGAUGGUAGCUCACAACUGUCUGUAACUCCAGUUAUAGGGG